CAUGCUUCCCCCAGGCGGCGACUGACACCGUUGCGCUUCAGUCAUAGCAAAUGUAGCAACAAGACGCCCUCGUGUACAACCAUCUACUCUGCCAUGAUGUAUUCAGACGAUCCAAGAUGUACCGAGCUCGCGUAUCCCGAUCUGGUCAACUUUGGCGUCUCCGUCUUCAUAGUCCUCGGGAUACUCGUGUCCUAUCUUCCGCAGCACUAUAAGAUCAUAUCGCGUCGGUCAUCGCGUGGUCUGAGCCCCAUGUUUGUCCUCCUAGGGACUGUGUCGGGAACCGCUAGCAUCGCGAACAUCUUGACCCUGCCGGAAAGCACGAGGGAUAUGGGAUGCUGUAAGGAGAUCGGGAGCUUCCCAUGCGCAGCAGCUAUGCUUGGGAUAGUGCAGAUCGGGGUGCAGUGGAGUUGUUUCUUCUUCAUCAUGCUACUUUUCCUCAUCUUCUUUCCUCGAGGUAGCUCACCAGCUGUUGAAGAAGAACAAGAUACCGACAUGCCCACAUGGAAAGAGGCCGUCCUCGUCUUAGGUGUCUCGCUCGCCUUCUUCGUCGUCGCAUUCAUCGGCUCAGUCGUCUUCGUAUACGCGCUUCCCUCACACAUUCGCGGAUGGGCAAACUUCCUCGGCUUGCUUGCUACGGUCCUUGCCGCCAUACAAUACAUACCACAGAUUUUCAUGACCUGGAGACUGCAGGAAACCGGAAGUCUCUCCAUCCCUAUGAUGUGCAUUCAGACACCGGGGAGCUUUGUCUUUGCCGCAAGUCUAUAUGCGAGACUAGGACCUGGAGGUUGGAGUGCUUGGGGCUUGUUCAUCUUCACGGGCAUCCUCCAGGGUUUUCUACUCGCCAUGGGUUUGUCUUUCGUCCUGAGAGAUAGAAAGAUGCAGAGAGACCAGCGGCUCGAUGAUGCCAACGGGACCGGCGUUGCUGAUGAUAGCGAGCGAGCGCCAUUGCUGCAUGUUCGCCGCUCUGACAAAAUGAAGGUUUCCAGUGCUAUCGUCCUUGCGGGCGCUGCGCAAGCAUUCGCUGCUGUGCGACCCCGGCCUAUGGUAUCAUCUGGACCAAUCCAGGCCGAGAUCAAGACUGAGAAGUUGAUGGGUAACCUCAAAGCUUUUGACUCUAUCGCAAAAGCGAAUGGUGGCAACCGCGCUUUCGGUCUUCCGGGCUACGCUGCAUCUGUUGACUACAUGCUCGCCAAAACGCAGAACACACAUUUCAAGACAUGGACCCAAGAUUUCCCUGCCCUUUUCAACAAGAUUGAAUCCAUCGAGUUCAGUGUGAGCAACAGCUCUUACCGUGUCAUUGGGUUGUCCUACUCGCCAUCGACCAUUCCUGAAGGAUUGACGCUGCCGCUUGUACUGGGUGCUUCUGGACCCGAAGGUUGCACAAACGAAGCCUACGACAACUUGGAUGUUGAGGGCAAGAUCGUCUUGGUGCAAAGAGGAGCAUGCCCUGAUGGUACUACCCUCGCUGGGCGCAUGAAGCCUGCCGCUGCCGCUGGUGCUUCUGCAGUAAUUAUCUACGCAAGCGACACUGCGAACGUUACAGGUGGCACCUUGUCCAACCCUAACCCCGAAUACGUGUCAACCGGCUACAUUAACCUCGCCGACGCUGAGCCCCUCGUUGCACGCCUCAAAGCUGGUGAAGCUAUCGAAGCGUACUUCCAGCAAACCCAAACCGUGGAAACACGCAUAACACAGAACGUCUUCACCGAGACCAAAGACGGUGACCCAACCAAUGUCAUCAUGCUCGGUGCGCAUCUCGACAGUGUACAAGCCGGCGCUGGUAUCAACGACGACGGCUCAGGCAGCACACUCAUCCUCGAGAUUGCCAAGGCGCUCAGGAGGUUCAACGUCAAGAACAAGGUCCGAUUCGCAUGGUGGGGCGCGGAAGAGAACGGUCUGCUUGGAUCCAAGUACUACACACAGAACCUGAACGCUACAGAAGCGAACAACAUCCUCACAUACCUCAACUUCGACAUGGUUUCCCGCGGCUACUUUGGUGUUUUCGAUGGUGAUGGCAGCACUUUCAACCUCACGGGUGCGCCAGGAUCAGCAGCCAUUGAGAAGCUCUUCGUUGAGCAUUUCCAGAAGGAGGGUGUGAACGUAACUGCCGCACGCUUCACUGGUGGAAGUGACUACCAAUCUUUCAUGAACAUUGGUAAGCCUGUCGGAGGCCUCCACACUGGAACGGGUGUCGAACAAGAUCCUUGCUAUCAUCAAGCUUGCGAUACUAUUGAUAACCCCAACCCGGAAACGCUUUUCAUCAACGCCAAGGCUGCUGCACAUGUACUUUCUAUCCUUGCGACCACCGGUGAACAGAUUAUUCCCAAGAGCCCUGUGAACGCUAGCAUGAUCACUGAGCGAGGUAUCAUCGGUGUUGAGCCGAGAUGGACGCUGCCCGCGGAAGGAGAAAUGCAUCUUUCGACUUGCGGACAUGAAGUCUAAUCGUCUAGAUUAAAAGACAUGUAUAUAGAAAGGGUCACAGUCAAGGCCAAAAAAAGAUCAUGAAACGCAUUGAAUG